AAUAUGAAAACAUUCGUAGUGAUUUGCCUCGUAGCAGCUGUGUUUGCUCUUGACACAAACAAAUUUGCUGUGCUUCUUUAAGCAGGCACAAGAGGAAAUGAUGCUGUCGAAUCAGUUUACAAUCUCUUAAGAGAUUUGAAGACAGAAAAUGUUAAUGUGUAAGCUGCUGCCGAUAGAAAGAACAAUACAGAUGAAGGUAAACAAUUGAAUCAUUUUAGAAAUCUUUUCAUAAGUUAUUGGUGAUUUGACAAAUGUUGCCUCAUUAAAUAAAUAAUAAUGGGAAGCACUUGGAGGUGUAAGAACAGAUGUUGAAGCUUAAAUCAGAGUAUAAAUACUAAUUAAUUCAUUAAGGAUGGAUAUUAAUGGUUAGCUUGGGCUGAAGCUAGACUUGCUGAAAUUGAAAGAAGAAAUGCUUAACUCCAAGAUUAAAGAUGUUGGGCCAAUGGAUUAUUUGUCAGAUCCCUUGCUGAUCAUGCUGAUGCCGUCGCAGUUGUUACACUCUUAUAAUAAGAUGUUGCUGGUUUCCUUACAAACAAUGCUGGAGUUGAACUCGUUGAAAAAGCCUAAACCAUAGCCGAUAAAUUAUCAGCAUAUAGUCAUCUUUUCUAAUAAGAUGCUAUUCAAAAAUUCUAAUCACUUGCUGAAGUCAAGAGAGAAGGUACAACUGGAGAAUAAGUCCUCUAAAUCUUAUUUGACUUAUAAGCUGAAUUAGAAUCCACUCUUGCCACCCUUUAAGAAUAAGAAAUUCAUGCAGCAUUUGCACUUGCCAAAUAUGUAUCAGAUACUAAUGCUGAAGUUGCUUGGUUAAAUUCUGAACAUGAAAGAAGAACAGGACUUGUUGAAAAAUUAGAAACUGUAUUAUUACUAUUUCAUUAUUUUCUUAGCAACUCCCAGCCGUUCUUGCUUAAUAAGCCAAAGCUCUUAAACUCUGGAAAGAUUCCUUGAACGCUGUUGCUGGAGCCACUGCCGAUUUAGAAGAAAAAAGAGAAUUCUAUGCCUCCGAAACUGCCAGAAGAGCCGGUACCAUUUAUCACAAUAAUCUAUAGAGGAAAAUGCCAUUAUCGAUGUUGUCAUCUAAUUGUUCAAAGAUUAAGUUAGAGCCUUAGCUUCAUAGACCAGUCUUGGAAGAAAGUGAUUACCAUAAUACAAAUAUAUUCAAUUUAAAAAAUGAAUCAUUUAC